AUGUGGACCGUAGCGUUAUCAAAUCACAACCCAUCAGACCUCGGAACCGAGAACAACAAGCCUUUUUUUUUAGGUGGCUUAAGGCGAUUAGCUAAAAGCCAUGGCAUUUGUUGUUAAAAUAACAGUUUUGGCUGCGUUAGCCUACACUGCAAACGCUGGCCUCUUACACGGUCACGGCUCAGACUCCUACGUUUCGUCAGCGCUAAAUGCACCAUCAGCGUCAUAUGGACCACCUUCAACAACCUAUGGUGUACCAUCAGGACCAAGUGUCCUAACUAGUCAUGGAAGUGCUAUCGACGGUGGACUUCAUCAUGAUUCAAACCACGGAUCAUUAUUAGACGGACAUUCACACGGCGAUGCUUUGAGUGGCUCCUAUGACAGUGGUCAUUCAUCUGGCUUCACACCAAUUGAAGGACCAGGCUUUUCCGGACCUAGUUCAGGACUAGAUGGGUCAGGAUUGGGAAGUUCUUGCCAUGGAGGUUCUGGCUUAGGUGGUUCCGGCUGUGGAGGCUCGGGACCCUCAUCUUCAUUAGACGGCCCCGGUCUGUCGGGACCCGGUCUCACAGGACCAGCUUUAUCUGGACCAGGUUUAGCUGGACCCACUUAUUCUGGACCCGCUGAUAUUUCCACUCAAAUUUUACCUGGUGCUGUCAUCAAUUCCGCAAUAACCACUAAUGUUGGAGCCCCAAAAAUUAUUGGAACCAGCGUUAGCGUUGGUCGUCCGGUCGCUUCCGCAACAAGAUACGAGCUCCAAUCUGUUAUUCAAAACGUGGUUCGUCGAAUUCCCGUGGAAGUAACUAGACAUAUUCAAGUCGCUGUACCCCAAGCCGUACCAGUCCCAGUUCGUCAAGAAGUGAAAGUGCCAGUCCCACAACCCUACCCUGUUCAUGUGAAUGUUGUGAAGCACGUGCCUUACCCAGUGUACAAGACCCAACAUGUUGAAGUUGAAAGACCAGUCCCAGUAGAAGUCGUCAAGCACGUACCAGUCGAAGUUAUCAGAAAAGUUCACGUUCCGGUUGAGCGGCCCUACGAAGUCAUAAAGAAGGUUCAUGUACCAAUUGUAAAGCACGUGGAAGUUCCCGUAGCCGUCUGGAAACCUUACCCCCUACAUAUCAUCAAACACGUAACACAUUACAAGAAGAAGAGCUGUUGCUGGUGAAGAGAGUCGUGCCAAAUAGUAAAUAGAUUUGUAAAUAUAAUAGUCACUAGUUGUAAAUAUUAUGUUAAAAAU